AUGAUAUAUGAAGAAGAGUAUGGAACCCAAUUAGCGUUUAUCAUAUCGUAUCUUGUUUCAAACUCUAUUAUUGGCAUUGGUGGUAAGAUUCGUCUUCCUUCCCUUGGUGGUGUUUGCUUUCCUUCUCCACAAAUGCUUAACUACGCGGAAGACAGUCUUCGAUGCAGAAACUCUCGGAUUCGGUCAGAAAUUCUCAACGCCGAAAAGAGGGAUUUUGUUCCCAAGGAUCUAAACGUGCUCUUUGUCUAUGAUUAUAUGCCGAACGGAUCAUUGGACAAGCACAUUUUCUCGGAUUCUGUGCAAUUAGGUUGGGAAAAACUCCAUGGAUUUGCUUUAGGAAUUGCACAAGGUAUUGAGUUCCUACAUACUACUAGUGCUACUUGCGUCAAUCGUCUAAAGUAUGAAGCAAUUUCUGAAUAUUAG